GGAGGCGUUCGUUCGAUCGCUUGGUGUUCACGUCAUCAUUUAUACUCAAAUGUCUUAUUUUUGCAUCACACAUGCUUAGGGGUAACCGAAUAAGAAAAAAAUCGAAGAAUCCCGCCUGUACCAGAAGAUAAGUACGUGUGCUAAUAGGCGUAAAUGUAAACUAGAAAGUGUGUGAACGAAGUCGCGUGGUGUCUCGUCCGUCCGGUUUGAUCUGGAUUUUAGCAGUUUGAACCGCGAGUUGGGACUCCCUUUCCCUCUUAAUUAAUUUAUUAAUACAAUUUAGUGGUGUGUUUUACAAACUUUAACGAUUAUUUAUUAGUAUUUUUUAGUGAUUGUGUGGUGCAUUAGUUAAUUUAAGCCGUUUCAAAAUGUCUGAAGAGUCAUCAGCGGAUCGCAAUGUCGAAAUUUGGAAAAUCAAGAAGCUGAUCAAGAGCUUGGAGAUGGCGAGAGGCAAUGGAACAUUAAUGAUUUCACUGAUCAUCCCACCAAAGGAUCAGAUCUCGCGAGUCUCUAAAAUGUUGGCGGAUGAAUUUGGAACAGCCUCUAACAUCAAGUCACGUGUUAACAGGCUUUCUGUGCUUGGAGCUAUCACCUCUGUGCAGCAUCGACUCAAACUUUAUACUAAAGUGCCACCAAAUGGUCUAGUCAUCUACUGUGGUACAAUUGUUACUGAGGAGGGAAAGGAGAAGAAAGUGAACAUUGAUUUUGAGCCAUUCAAGCCCAUCAAUACAUCCCUGUACUUAUGUGACAACAAGUUCCAUACUGAGGCCCUCACUGCGUUGAUGGCUGACGACAAUAAGUUUGGCUUCAUUGUGAUGGAUGGUAAUGGAGCGCUGUUUGGUACACUGCAAGGAAACACUAGAGAGGUGCUCCACAAGUUCACUGUAGAUCUGCCGAAGAAGCACGGUCGUGGUGGUCAGUCUGCGUUGCGUUUCGCCCGUCUCCGAAUGGAAAAGCGUCACAACUACGUGCGCAAAGUUGCAGAGGUUGCUACACAAUUGUUCAUCAGUGCAGACCGUCCCAACGUAGCAGGACUGAUUUUGGCGGGUUCCGCUGACUUCAAGACUGAACUGUCCCAGUCCGAUAUGUUUGACCCACGUCUCCAAUCCAAAAUCAUCAAGCUGGUGGAUGUGUCAUACGGAGGAGAGAAUGGUUUUAACCAGGCCAUCGAGCUCGCGGCGGAAUUGUUGCAGAACGUCAAGUUUAUUCAGGAGAAGAAACUGAUUGGGCGCUACUUUGAAGAGAUCUCACAGGACACGGGCAAGUACUGCUUUGGAGUGGACGAUACACUGCGCGCCCUUGAACUUGGCUCUGUGGAGACGCUCAUCUGCUGGGAGAACCUUGACAUACAGAGAUACGUUCUGAAGUCGCAUGCCGCCAACCAGGUGACCAUUUUGCACUUGACACCUGAACAAGAGAAGGACAAGUCCCACUUCACCGAUAAAGACAGCGGUGUUGAGCUUGAGUUGGUGGAGUGUCAGCCGUUGCUUGAGUGGCUCGCCAACAACUACAAGUCCUUCGGAGCCACACUUGAAAUCAUCACAGACAAGAGUCAGGAGGGCAGUCAGUUUGUGAGAGGAUUUGGAGGUAUUGGAGGUCAGUGUGCAUUUGUAUUACUUGUAUUGUUACACACACGGUAUGAUAGCUCAGCGCCGAAUGACUAAGACAUCGAGGACUUAAAGUGAAGCUCUUGGUUUAGUGACCACAAAGUUUGAGAAACUACAUUUCAGAGGAAAUUAAUUCUUGAAGCCAUUGUGUUAUUGUUUUUUUUUUGUGUAAUUCUGAUUUAACUACAUGAUCAAGUUGCUCUUUAAAAGAGGGGGGCAGUUUUAUUGUAGAAUAAGUGAAGAUAAACAGUUUUAUAAAUGGAAUUUUAUAGCGGUUAAGUUGCAGUCCAUACCAAACAAAGUUUAGUGUUGCUUAGCUUACAAUCUCAAUGCUACUUUUGAAUAUGAAUAUGAUUAAAAUAAAUUAAAAAAAAACCUUUAAGCUACCAGAGUGUCUGUGUCUGAUAUUAUUAUACGAAUUUUUUUGAGAAUAUGUUAAGACUUCUAAUUUUAAAAGAAAAGUGGCUCCAUCGUUUAACCAAUGAUUCUCUGAUAGAUACAAUAGAUAAUAAGAAUAAAUUUCAAAAUAAUACAGGAACUAAACUGACUAACUGUAUCAGUCUUGCUAGUAACAGAAAUUGAACUCUACACAUCUAUCUACUCUAUAAUAUGAACCGAAUGUCCAUCUGUCCAUCGCUAAUAUAGCUAUCUGAUUUCUGUGACACGAUAGUGAUAAAUUUGUUCAAGCCGUGUAACACUCGAGCAAGCAAUUGUUAUACUACACAAGUUUAAAUAUUAUACUAUUGGCUACUUUUUGUUUAGCGUCAAUGUAUUGUAAACAAAGGGUUUUGUGCCAUUUUGGUAGAAGUGUUGGGAAUAGUACUGUGUAUUAUAUAAUGUACGUAAUUUGGAUAUUUAUGUUAAAUAUAAAUAUUUGUAGCUGAGAGGUACAGGAUCAUAAAUCUCAAUCAAUAGUUAUCAUCAAAAAUUAAAAUAGAGAGAUUAACAAACAAUAAUAAUAUCCAUUUGAUCCCGGGAGUGUCAUAACAUGGAAUGGAGUAUAAGAAAAGCAAGAAAAAUCUCAUGACUUCUGAUAUAUGGUUUGUUUAUCUUGAUUUCGCCUGACAUUACAUACCCAGGCAACUUACUGAGCAUGACGGUAAAGGCAAACUCUCUCCACAACGGGAGAGAUCCUUAAGAAUAACAUUCAAUUUUCUUCAGUCCACACAUCAUUUCUGAAACUGAUGACCCAUAAAGGUUGACUCACGGGGGUUUCAAAUGAAACUCUAUUCCAUUACAGCCUAUCGUAGGCUGAACAUAGGCCUCCCCCAUAGAUUGCCAUAGUGUCUACUCUUGGCAAGCGAGUUGGCAACUGUAGUUGUUUAAUUUUUAAAAGACGCUGCUGCCCGUCUCCUGAUUUGUUCCCCUCUGUCGCCUGUUACGAAACCCACAGGACCAUAUGAGGCAGUUGAUAUUCAUACACCUCCACUUCACGGUAAUUCCAUUACAGCCUAUCAUAGUCCACGGUUGAUCACAGGCCCCCCUCUAGGUCUCAUAGGAGCUAUAUUAUCUGUAGAUGCAACGCUUGGCAAGUGCGUUGGCAACUGCAGUUUAUUUUUCAUUAUUUUGAGAUGAUAUCAGGAAGAUGCUGCUGUCCAUAUCCUGUUUCAAUUGACCUCUGUCCCAUCUUACAAGAUUUACGAAAAACCAACGAAAUAGCUCUUUGCUGAAUUAUGAAAUCGACCAUUGCAAGUGUUACAUUUAAACUUUAUUUAUCAGACCGUAGUCAACCGCUGGAUGUGGACUUGUCCUUUAUAAGGAAAGAUUUGCUAUAAUAAUAUUCACAUUGGUGAUUGAAAUAUUAGAAUGUCUCGCACCUCUGCCUGUUUGAGUAUUUACAUGUGCAAUACGUGUUGCUAGAGGUGGUAGCACUUGUUGUCUGUCUUGGAUUCUGAGGAGAGUAGGAGAAGGUAAGGAGAGCCAGUAUAGUAACAGGCUGUAGGUUUUCCAUUUUAGUUCUCAAAGGUAACAAUGUAUCUGCGGCCUUCUUUAUUUCAAGUUGGCUGCGGAUGUUCAUGGGAUGCAAUAGCCACUUUUUUAAUAGGAGGGUCACAAUCGAGCACACAGUCCACCUGAUGGUAAGUGGUUGCUGUGUCCCACAGACAUCUACACCUAUCCUCGAUUACGAAUUAAAGAUGCGUUACCACCCCUGAGGACUAAGCACGAAUGCCUCGUUUCCAGUAAAAAGAGUCUCCGGUUCUCUAAACUUACCAUACGAGACACAGCAGUAUUAAAGUCGCUAAUUUACGCUGGUAAUUUGUGAGAGCGCAGUCUUUCCCCAGUCGAGCUGACCCAUUCGUGCUACGACUAUACUACUGUAUACUGUACACCUACCAACUGCUCAACUGUAAGUUCGUUUGUCUCAUCAGUUUUAUUAAAAAAAAAUACGAGACUACAAAUAACUUUCCAUAGUCUCCUGUCGCGACACGCACGGGAAAAGACCGUGAUGAAUUCACGGCGUCCUAAGACACAUUCAGAGUUUGGCUUCUUUUGCAUACUCCUAUUUGGUAUUUGCUAUGUAAUUGUAAAAUCUGUUUAACUGUGACUUAUGAUACUUUCCCUCUCGGCUGCAUUCGUAUGAUAUUUUAUGUACGCUUUCGCCCUUAUGACGGAACCCAUAACUAAUCCACAUAACUAACAUUUCUCUUCUGUUUCACUGCUGCUCGGAUAACGCCGCCGGAUAUGACGGUAUUCGUAUUCAUAAACUUUACUAAAUUAAUAAACAGGCAUACUCCGCUACAAAGUGGACUUUCAAUCUCUCCAAUCCGACGAACCGCUGGACGACGUGGACCUCGACGACUAUU